ACCAACCAUGUUCAAGUUGUCUCACAUGUAAACUGGUCCUCAAUGCAAGGCAAUAUUAGCCUGAAAGAUUUAAGAACUAUAUUCUAGUUGUUGUUGCUUGCACUACAAAUACAAUCCUUUACAAGCCUCACUUUAAUUAACAGCAUGUACUGGCACAAAAUAUCUCAAUACAGUAUAGAUAUCUGAUCAAUCUGCUGACAUGCUAACUAGAAACUUACCACAGAGCCUGAAAUAACAUUAAGAAUUGUCCGGAAAAAAUGUCCAACCAAAAUGAAAUUUGACUGGAAACUUUCAAAUUUGACAUUUCGACUCCAUUUUGACUCCAGGCUUUUGUUGGGUAAAAUACGCAUAUAUAUAUAUAUAUAUAUAUAUAUAUAUAUAUAUAUAUAUAUAUAUAUAUAUAUAUAUAUAUAUAUAUAUAUAUAUAUAUAUAUAUAUAUAUAUAUAUAUAUAUAUAUAUAUAUAUAUAUAUAUAUAUAUAUAUAUAUAUAUGCCAAACUACUUUAUGCCAAACACUAGACAGUUUGUUAAAAUGAUUUUAUAUUGAUUGGAUACAUAUAGCUUAUGGUUAAGUUAGUUUUUCAAGAAAACUGACUGAUUGCUAUUUUUUGUGCAGACAAUAUGUCGGAUCAACUUGGUCGAAAAGCUGUGAUCAUGCACUGUUACCAGUCAUGAAUAUCUGGUAAAACAAUUUGUUCGUCAAAGUAAAAAGUUUCCUGUGUAUUUUCUGGUGAGUAGCAGUUAUGCUUUCCUUAUAUGGCAUUAUACAGAAACCAAGUGCUCCCUCUGUUUGAUCCUCAGCUCUAACAAAAAAUAUCCUGUUCUGGUUUCUCAACCGACCCAAUUUUUUCAGCUUACCCUAAUGCUUUUUUAUAUGGUUACAGCUGUCUGCAUAUUUAUAAUUGUUCACUUUCCAAUACAAUGCAAUGCCAGGGUCAUUGUCACAGUUACUGCCAAACCCUAUUUAUUCGAGAUGUUUAUGCAUUAAUGCAUGCCAGCUGAUCACACUCAUGGCUGUUGCUGAGCAAUGUCAAGUUUUCAAAACCUACCUAGUGAGUACCCUAAUUUUUCAGGACAUGAAACCAGAACCAAAAGGGAAUUUCAAUUCAUAAGGCUUUAUGUAUUGAUCGGGUUUUGGGGUUUUUUUUUAACAAAUUUAUUUGGAUCAUUUAUUUGACAUGUUUACUUUAUAAUGCACCUGCCAAUCAUUGAUGUUACAGCGCAAGUGCAACUAGGGGGGGGUGAAUCUGAUAAAAAGUCAUUUUUAAAUUGACAUGAUCAGAUUCUUAAAGAACAAUGAAGUUUAAGGAUACUGGCACAGGCUUUGCUACAUACAAGCAUCCAUAUUUAUUAUAAGGGGCCACAUCCAUAUUCAUGUUGUAUAUGUCGCCACAAGUAACGUCGAAUAGACGUUAUUACUACACCCAUCCACUCCAGAUAACGUCGAUCAAUAUUCAGUUGUAUUUUGUAUUUCGUAUUUAUGAUACCAAAGCUGUAUCGUGAUAGUUACUUUGGACAUUAGGUAAUUGUCAAAUUGCCACUCAUAACGUCGAUAAGUUCACAUAAAAACCCAGCCACUCAUAACAUUGAUUCGACAUUAUUUGUGGCAACAUGAAUAUGGAAGUGAAUAGCAAAUAAUAAUACAUUGACUAUUAUUAAUAGCGAAUGGCAAAUACAUUGACUAUUAAUAGCGAAUAGCAAAUGACUAUUAAUAGAAUGGUGUUAUACUAACAUUAUAAAGAUGAAAGGAUCUUCCCACCACGGUAGCGACGAAAUGUUCACUCCCUAGGGCUUGUAAAGCAAGUGGCACACCAUUUGACACAUAACCCAGCGCUCGAAAUGGCGAGAAAAGUUGACUGCCUGUAAUAUUCAGUCCUGUAGCAACCGCCAUCUUGAAAAAUAUACACACGUGCUUGACACUCAUGCAAGCGUACAGCCGGGGGGAGCGAGAGAUAAUAUCAUAACUAUUUUUAAUAUUAUUCCGUGUGUGCUCACCGUGCUGUGUAAAGUAAAAUUUGACUGUCUAGUUGUUUUCUUUUCAAAGAAACACAUUUAUUUACGUCUUUCUAUAAUUUUUAGGUUAAAAUCUCAAAUUUCGUUUAUCUUUAUAUUUAAUAUAAUCUAUAUAUUUGCAAUGCCCGAUUUGUCCCCCCCCCCCGUACACGAUACCAGACAUGUUUGCAUGAUGGGAAGUAUAUAUAGUAAUCACAAAUUUCGCAAUACGCAUUCAUUUUGACAAGGACGGACGCUGGUUUACCGCAUUUAUUUUAUAACACCUGUAUUUACUUGUGUUUACUACAAAGAAAACUGCCCUGUCUCUAAUACAAUGAUUUAUUAUAUACGGUAAAAGUCUGACAACUAGAAUGUAUCGAGGAUCGUGUCUUUUCGCGCUGAAUGAAUUUUGAAGAAUUGAAAGGUUGUGACACGUAAAUACUUUGACGCAGUGUGCCUGUUGUUUUGUUUGGAAUACGCAGCACUAACUAACAAGAAAUACCGAAGAAACUACAAGACAUAAGUUGAGUAUAAUGCUUCUAAAUCAAUCAUUAAAAGUGAUUGCUUUAACGACUUUAUUUUGGUUUUCUGCGAUGGUAUUGAUGUUCAUGUCGAAUGAUGAUUUUACACGAAACUCGUUGGAAAUGCUCAAUGCUCCACUGUACCACAAUGAUGACUAUAAAUUCAUGCAUAAAGUCGGAGUUGAACCUUUAAAACCAAUUAAUCAUGAUAUAAAAUACCCAUGGCAGCAAAAAGAAGGCAAUAUUUCAAGACAUUAUAAAAAGAACUCAGGUUAUUUAUCAAGCUUAUCCAAGAAAGUAGGAAAGUUAAUACACGGCAGUCAAAGACCUGUAUACGAUGUUAGUAAACUCAAAGAGCCAGAUCAAUAUGCUUUAGGCGCUAUGGGCAAAGCUGCUUAUCUUGUUUCUGAAGAAGAUAAAAAAUUAGCACAAGAUCACUUCUCGGAUCAUUCAUUUAACUGGGUUUUAAGUGAUAAACUUUCACUUGAUCGUACUCUAGAUGAUUAUCGUGGCGCAAGGUGAGCAUGAUUGUGUAUUUUAAUACUUAUUAAAAUAGUACUUUAUUUAUACAAUACUUCAUUCCAAUACUUUGUCACAAUUUAUAGUGUUUUUGAAGGCAUAUUGCAUUGACAUUUUGAAAUCCUACAAAUUUUUUAUUGUGUCAGUAUAACUUCCGGUUUGCCAAAUCUUCAAAGACUUUCUUAUCAUUCAGAUUGAUAAAAUAAUACACGUUUUAUUUUUAAAACAAUUUUCAUACCGUUUUUUUUUUCCAGAGCCUUACAUAUAUUGUAGUAUGUAUUAUGAGGGUCUUAAUGGGGUUUAGUGUUAUUUUCUCUUUUUCUAAAUGCUCAUUUAUACAAUAUGACUAGUCUUAUAUGAUUCUUAUUCUGGCAUAUGUAUUUAAAUAAAUGUGUGUCUAAAGAUGCAUUGAACUAAAUAAAAUUUCAAUGGUAAAGAUGUCACAUUUCAAAUUUUGCCAUUAAUUGAUGAAGGAGUAGUGGUGAUAGCAUUCAUUUUCAUAUGCCAGAAUGACAAUCAUAUACGACUAGUUGUGUCAUGUAAAUGGGCCUUAGAGUGUUCAGUGUUGGAGGAGCUGAAAUUUUGCUGUUUAAUUUAAUGUUAGAGAAAACUUUAGAUUUUGCUGUUAGGCUGCAAAAUGUAACAUUUUAAGGCCCAUACAGACCGAACGCGAUUUGGCAACGUGACGCGAAUUUUCAAUUUUCAAUGACUUUUAAUACUAUUUUUCUAUUCUUUUCAAAUAUUUGGAACCACUUAAGCAAUUUUAGCUAUUUGGUCUGCAUAUCUUGUUAAAUUUUUAUCCGCUGACGGUUUUAUAUGUUUUUAAAAACUGAAAAUUUGUGUCGCGUUGUCGAAUCGCGUUCGGUUUGUGUGGACCUUUCCUUUAGUGUUAUAAUGUCCCAAAUGAAGUGUUAUAGGGCCAAAAUAUUUACUGCUUAACCCAUUAAGUGCCAGCUCUUUCCCCUUGAUGAGUAAAAUGAAACAUUGGGGGCCUGGGGCAAAAUAUAACUUUGGGACCCUCAUGAUUUCCAUUGUUUAAACUUUGGUGCAUUAUGUGGCCUGGACGGAUUUUGGAAUCUGAUGUCCCCCUAAAGACUAGUCACUACAUCCUGACAGACUAGUCAAUAAUCUAUCUCUGUCCAUGCCAGUGCAGGUAGUGAUAAUGACGAACAGCAGCAGUAUGUACUAUGUAGAGAUUACAAGUACAUGUACGUAUGUGUACGUUUCCCAAUCCAUGCUACUAACUUCCCCCGAUGAAGGGCCUUCACUUUACUGUUUAUUUGGCAGUUCCCUUUAGCUGGGGGCCUAAGCAGACAGGCAAAUAAAUCAUUCAAAUAUAGAUUUACUUUAUUGUGAUGAGAUAAAUGAUAACAGAUUAACCCAUUGAGCACCAACACUCUCUCCUUUACAAGUAAAAUCUUCUGGUAUUAGACUGACAUUAGUAAAAUAAUAAAGUAAUGGGUGAAGGCAAUUCAACUUAAUAGGUUAACUUGUAGACCUAUGGGCAGCUGCUCUCUCCCCUUGACGAGUAAAAUUGUCUGGCAUUAGACACAGUAAAAAUAAUGUGGGUGCAUGCAUUGGGUGCAAUGCGACUUAAUGGGCUAAAAAACAUAUUGAUGUCCAUAAAUAUCAAAUGCAGCAACAAAAGAUGAUAUCUAUUGUAGUUCAAUACUGUCACUGCAUUGACAUUUCACAAGCUUGGAUACUUCUGUAUUACUGCCACAGACUAUAAAUACCUUUUUCUGUACAUACCAGACUACACCAUUUCAUGUCUUUUAUUGGUUCAGCUGACAGGUGUUUUAGAAAUAAAUUCUUCAACCUUGAAGUUUAUGACAUUUUGUGUUGAUAUAUACAAUGUAUUCUGCAUUAACAUUCUAAAGAAAUUAAGUUGAGGAACUACAGGAUAUAACCCCUGUCCUCCACAGAGCUUUAGGAACUUAGCAACUGCAAGAAUUUAGUAAAUGCAUGUCUUUCUAAACGUGACAUUAACAUAAGACUCCAAAGAAAACUAGAUGCAGAAAAAAGCUUUUCUAGGGAUGCGGUGGGGGGGGGGGACAUAGACACAUCAUCCUGUGUGUAUAUAAGGAGGCACAUUGCGACCACCCCUGAUGAAUACAUUGGCUCAUAAUGCAAAUUGUUUAAAAGAUUGAGUUAAGGGCAAAAAUUUGUGCCAAAGCCAAGAAAGUGGGGUGGGGUGGGGACUACUUUCAAUCAGUAAUUGUCAGGAAAAUGUAGAGGUGUAAGAAUAAAAUCCUUCAGUAAACAGUGUUCUAGAGACCGCAGGAGUACAUGUAGCAAAUUGGGAGAGGGUCAUCCCAAAGGUAACGAUGGUCGUGCAACUCCCCAGGCAGUUUAUGUCAUUGGCAGAGACACAGUAGGUUGGUGGUGAGAGAUUGUACUGGAAGUCCCAAGGCAUAUUUUAGGAUAUACUGUACAGUCUGUGUAUACUUGGGGGGGGGGGGGCAAAGUGGCCUCACAGGCUCCACUAGUUAGUGGCUCAGACUAGACCCUAUAACCUUACCUGAGUGACCUAAAUCUUACUCUGGGGAGUAAGUUGGUUUUUUCCCCCACUACAAAACGUGCAAAUUAUCAAAUAUAAAACUUGGAAAAAAGUAAUAUAAUAUAUAUAGAGUCGUUUUAUCACUGACAUUGCAAUAACAAAACACAGUUAUUAACAACUGCCAUGUACGUUUUUGUUUACAGAUGUAAAGCAAAGCACAACAACUAUCCUGAAAAGUUACCAACAACAAGUGUGAUCAUAUGUUUUCAUAAAGAACGACUUUCUGUAUUACUGCGUACAAUACAUAGCGUUAUCAACAGAACUCCGCCACAAUUAUUGAGUGAAGUUAUUGUUGUCGAUGAUUUCAGUGAAGAUGGUACGUAAAUGAUUUUGAACAAGAUUCAAGUCAUGGGUCCGGUAUUUUCUUGUUUUCAACCACAUUCUUGUUCAGAAUAUCAUUAAGAUUAGAAAGUUCUCCUGGUUUUAUGUGUUUGAAAACGUCAUUACCAGGUGAUUUGCGUGAUGUUUGCUUUCUGUCGCGAAGUGUCCAAUGCUAACACAAUGUCUGCUCAGACCGAUUUGAGGCUCCCUUUACUUAGUUAAAACUGCUAUCAGCAUAGCUACUGUAAGAUGUCCUAUUCCUUAUUUACUUAGCGAUCUAAAAACUAUUGAAAAUCAUACGAUUUCACAGGGUUCGUAGCGGUCUUUGAAAUCCUUGAAAGCCUUUGAAUUUGAAUGCAGGUCUUUAAGGUCUUUGAAAGUCUUUGAAUUGUGUGAAAAAGCGAAGAAAGUCUUUAAAUUCUUUAGUGAUUAUUUGAUUGUACGAUUUCCUAGCUAAUAAAAUAGAUUGAUUGAUGCAAGAUUUUCGCAACUAUCGACGAAAAAAUGCAUUCUAGGAUGUGAUUUGACGGGACUAAUUACCUGGUAAGAAUGGUGCUUAUACAUCGCAAUUUUUCGACAGACUGAUUGCUCUCAAAGGUCUUUGAAAAAAUCUCUGAAAGUCUCUGAAUUGUUUUGGUCUUGGAGACUACGAACCCUGUUUCAUACAACAUGUGGAAGGACAAGUGCAAUUUGAAGUCUUUGAAAAACUCACGACUGUAUGUUUUUUUCAAAUUGCACGAGAAACCAUACUACAUUACUUAUUAAUAAUAUACAUGAAAAAAUUAUGCAGUCGCAUGCGUAAGUCACAUUUAGAAAUUAAAAAAUUAAGAAAAUUAAGAAAUUUGAGAAAUAAAAAAUUAAGAAAUUUGCACUGUAUUUCAUAUUUUUGCACUGUAUUUCGAAAAAAUUGCACUGCCCUUAGCCAAUCGGAAUUGAGAAAUUUUUUCAUGUAUAUUAUUAUGUCUGAAAAAAUUGUUUUGUCCUAAAAGUAAAUCUUUUUAGAACGUCUUGGUAAGCCACUAGACGAGCAUGUUGCGAACAUGGCCAAGGUGAAAGUCAUCAGGAACACCAAACGUGAAGGGCUGGUACGAGCGCGGUUACGAGGUGCACGUGAUGCGACAGGAGAUGUCCUGACAUUUCUUGACUCUCAUUGUGAAGCCACACCAGGCUGGGUUGAACCAUUGUUAGCACGUAUUGCAGAAGAUGAAAGAAAUGUUGUGUGUCCCGCCAUUGAAGUACUCAAUGCUGACACAUUCGCCUACCAAGCUUCAUCCAAUGCUGAACAGAGAGGUGGAUUUAACUGGGAUCUUUUCUUUAAAUGGAAAGGCAUACCUCCAGCAGAGCAGAAACUUAGAAAGGACGAUUCUGAUCCAAUACGGUAAGUAAUUUUCAUACUUAAAGCCAGUUUUAAGAUGGAUAGAUCAUUUUUCAAACUUUUCAAACCUUCAUGAGAUUCGCCAUUCUUUGGUAUAAACUCGAGUAUUAUUGUUUAGCAUAAUUUACAAAAUUGUCAAAAGCCUUGUUUGUGUUUAUUGUGGAGUCCAUAUCCUUAGUUUCACAGUGUUUCAAGCAUUUUUACAAAUGUUGAAAAUCAUCUGUUGGAUUGUGCCGUCAUGCCGUCAGGGUCCACAGUAGCUUUUGACGCAGGAAAAUUUUUAUUUUUUAAAUGUGAAAAUUGACGCCAAAAUGUCUAUAUAUUCUAUAUAAGUCGCGAAGUAGUAAGAAAAUCUGAGCCCAAUAUACAGGAUUUGGUAACCAUCUUGUGGACCCUUGAAAAAGCGUACUUUUAGGAGAAGACAGGUCCUUGCUAAAAGUGAUGACGCUUUUUCGUGCAAAUACGAGUUCAUGGACAGAUAAGAUAAUACUGUAUGUUUCGUUUGCUGGGUCCAGAUCCAAGAUCGGUUAUUGAAUCUACAACGGUGGGUAGCUAGAAUUGCGGGCACUGUAGAAAAAUUCCACCACCUGAAAAUACAAAUUAAAAUAACUUCUAUUGUUUAUAAAUCCUGAAUAUGUUUUUCCAGUACACCAACCAUGGCAGGAGGAUUGUUUUCAAUCGACAGGAAAUAUUUCUUUCAUAUUGGAUCUUAUGAUGAAGAAAUGGACAUCUGGGGCGGAGAGAAUUUGGAGCUUUCCUUUCGUGUGAGUGAAUUUCUGCUUUGUAUAAUCUUCUCGAAUUUUAACAAACUGCUUUAAUUUUCGACAUGUUCAAUGGCGUUUUGUACAUGGGAAUUUAGAAUUUAGACCGAACAAGGAGCAGCUUCGAAAAAUGCAACUAUAGGCCCUCUGGCAGGAAUCAAACCUGCGGCCCUGUGAUUAUGGUGAAGCGCUCUAACGUACAGAGUAGUUUAGGUUACAGAAGUUCCGAGUUCGACCCAUGCCAUGCCAUGAUUCGCAAUGUACUCGCCACUGUCCAGUGUUUCAAUUCUAUUUCAGAACCAUCCUCGGAGAUAUGAAAAACUAGUUUCAUAUUAUUUUCGUUGUAAUAGAAUAAUAUCAAAAUAGUAAUAGCUGCCUGCAGAAUAAUAUCAAACUAGUAAUAGCUGCAGAAUAAUAUCAAACUAGUAAUAGCUGCAGAAUAAUAUCAAACUAGUAAUAGCUGCAGAAUAAUAUCAAACUAGUAAUAGCUGCAGAAUAAUAUCAAACUAGUAAUAGCUGCAGAAUAAUAUCAAACUAGUAAUAGCUGAAGAAUAAUAUCAAACUAGUAAUAGCUGAAGAAUAAUAUCAAACUAGUAAUAGCUGCAGAAUAAUAUCAAACUAGUAAUAGCUGAAGAAUAAUAUCAAACUAGUAAUAGCUGCAGAAUAAUAAAUAAGUAAAUAGCUGAAGAGUAAUAUCAAACUAGUAAUAGCUGCAGAAUAAUAUCAAACUGGUAAUAGCUGCAGAAUAAUAUCAAACUAGUAAUAGCUGAAGAAUAAUAUCAAACUAGUGAUAGCUGAAGAAUAAUAUCAAACUAGUAAUAGCUGAAGAGUAAUAUCAAACUAGUAAUAGCUGCAGAAUAAUAUCAAACUACUAAUAGCUGAAGAGUAAUAUCAAACUAGUAAUAGCUGCAGAAUAAUAUCAAACUAGUAAUAGCUGAAGAGUAAUAUCAAACUAGUAAUAGCUGCAGAAAAAUAUCAAACUAGUAAUAGCUGAAGAGUAAUAUCAAACUAGUAAUAGCUGCAGAAUAAUAUCAAAAUAGUAAUAGCUGCAGAAAAAUAUCAAAAUAGUAAUAGCUGAAGAAAAAUAUCAAACUAGUAAUAGCUGCAGAAAAAUAUCAAACUAGUAAUAGCUGCAGAAAAAUAUCAAACUAGUAAUAGCUGAAGAGUAAUAUCAAACUAGUGAUAGCUGAAGAAUAAUAUCAAACUAGUAAUAGCUGCAGAAUAAUAUCAAACUAGUAAUAGCUACAGAGUAAUAUCAAACUAGUAAUAACUGCAGAUUAAUAUCAAACUAGUAACAGCUGCAGAAAAAUAUCAAACUAGUAAUAGCUGAAGAAAAAUAUCAAUCUAGUAAUAGCUGCAGAAUAAUAUCAAACUAGUAACAGCUGCAGAGAAAUAUCAAAAUCGUAAUAGCUGAAGAAAAAUAUCAAUCUAGUAAUAGCUGCAGAAUAAUAUCAAACUAGUAACAGCUGCAGAAAAAUAUCAAAAUAGUAAUAGUGAAGAAAAAUAUCAAUCUAGUGAUAGCUGCAGAAUAAUAUCAAACUAGUAACAGCUGCAGAAAAAUAUCAAAAUAGUAAUAGCUGAAGAAAAAUAUCAAUCUAGUAGUAGCUGCAGAAUAAUAUCAAACUAGUAUUUUUUCAUGUCUCUGACGAUGGUUCUGUAAUCAAAAGGGAAGCCCUGUUGUCUGGAGAUCCUAUGAAGAACCUCCACCAAAAAUAUAGAAGUGUUUUUAACCUACCUGGUUAAACAAACCGCUAAUUGUGGAAAGACAUACAGUAAACACUAGUUAUUAAAACUUCUUUGUGGUUGAAGUCAGUUUGGUAUAUACAGUACCUACUGUAUAUAAACAUGAAUAUCUACUACAAGUACGAAUCAUGAUGCAUACAUAUAGCCGUGCAUGUGCGUAGUUUUAAUGAUAAAAUCACGUUUCAGGUGUGGAUGUGUGGUGGAAGACUGGAAAUCAUCCCAUGUUCACGAGUUGGUCACGUGUUUCGUAAAGUCACCAGUCCAUACAAAUUUCCAAAUGGCGUUGAUAAAACGCUAAGUAAAAAUUUUAACCGUCUGGCUGAGGUAUGGAUGGAUGAAUACAAAGAGUUGUACUAUAAUAAGAAACCGCAGAAUCGUAAUCGAGAUUUUGGUGAUAUUACUGAAAGAAAGAAACUCCGUGAAAGAUUAAAGUGUCAUUCAUUUAAAUGGUAUUUAGAAAAUGUUUAUCCUGAUAUCAGAAUGCCUGAACUCAAUCCACCCGCACAAGGAGAGGUACGUUAAGCUUUUUACCUAUUUACCUGUAUAUCUGCCUUAUAUCUGCCUGUAUAUCUGCCUCCUAUUUACCUGUAUAUCCCCUGUAUGUUUACCUGUACAUUGUUGUGGAAUGAUUUGUAAACUUUGAUGUUUCUUCAAUUUUUUUUUUCGUUUUCCCGGAAACGUAGUUGCAGAGACAGGUUUUGCUUCCCAGGACACAAAUCCCUUAACAAAUUCAAAAACAUUUUUGCCGCAAACAUGGCUAGAUGUUUCCGUAACAAUGUUUCUAAGUUUUCCUGGGGCUUUACUUAUGUACGUAAUAAUAUCGUGUGUCGUCAAACGUUUUCGCAGUCUGUAUCCCCAAUCAGUGAAGCAUUCGUGGUUUGCUAGAGGAUUGUCAGAUCAGAUUGACACCUAAAUAAAGUUUUUGAUUUAUUGAAUCGCAACAGGCUUGUUGGACUGUAUAGUUCCAUAGAAACGAGUCAUCAACCUUGUAUAGCAACUUAUAUCAACGACUUCAAAUCAAGCAAAGUACCAAACCCUUACCUAAAAUACCGCAGUUACUCUGCUACCCAGCAAAGUAACUGAGGUUACCAUUUUUUCUGUUUGUUUUUCUUACUUAGAUGAAUAAUCUCUUGUUUUAUAGGUUCGUAAUCCUGAAAGUAGUAUGUGUUUGGAUUCUCUUGGAAUGAAAUCUGGAAAUAAGUUAGGCUUAUACAGCUGUCAUGGUCAAGGAAAUAAUCAGGUAUAUACCAAUUGCAAGUUGAUCACCAUAUCGGGGGGCAUUCCAUUUUGCCUUUAAUAUCGUGUUCCUUAAGGCUAUAGUAAGUACAUUUCUGUAUGUCGGCUGCGUUCAAAUUUCUUGUGGGCCCCUGCCAACACGUUUCUCUUCGAUUUCCCUAUUAAACUUCUAUAUUGUUAAAAACGUGAAAUUUCAGGUUCAUUAAUAGAAAAAAAUAACUUGCUGCAUUAUUAGAAAGCUUACAAAAAAACUACAUAAAAGACAUUUAAACGGUUACCUUGAUUUGCCAAGUUCUUGUUGAGUUAUGAGCUUUUCAAAACAUGUUUUCAGACUAGUGCCCAGGAUUCUUGUGAGUUUUUGGCCUAUUUUUCACAUUUUGGAACAGCAAUAACUCAAAGACCGCGUAAAAAAUCAUGCAAGGUAACCGGCUUUAAAUGGCUUAUAUAUAAUAUGUAGUUUUUGUAAGCUUUCUGAUGAUGCAUGUUAUAGUUUUUCUAUGAAUGAACCUGAAAUUUCAGGAAAUUCGAAGAAAACUGUGUUGGCAGGAGCCCUCAAGAAAUUUGAACGCCGCCAACAUACAGAGAUUGUACUUAGUAUAGCCUUGAGAUGAAGGCAAAAUAGAAUUGCUUCCUGAUCGCGGGUGAGUUUUUUCUGUCUUAUCUGCCGGACUAUGAGUUUUGAAGUGUUUCUUGAUCUUACAAAAUCGUUGUUUAUAUAUUUGUAGUAUUUUGUGUUGUCUUCACAUGGUGAAAUCUUGUGGGAAAGUGAGAACUGCGUUGAUAACUCCAAGUAUAAUCCUGGCGGCUCAGUUGAGCUUAUUCCAUGUCAUGGGAUGGAAGGAAACCAGAAAUGGGUUCAUGAUAAAAAAUCCGUAAGCAUCUCAUUAAAUAUCGUUUUAUUCAGUUUAACAAUUAGUCUCUUUUAGUAUCCUUUCAAUUAAAUAAUGGCGCAAUCAACCACACUUAUCUGUCCGCCAAAGACGACCAACGUUUGAAUCCAACAUGUCGGUCAAUGAGAAAAUUCAGAUUGUUGAUUGAAAUACUUUGAAAAGUAGGGACGAUGCAGGAAACAUUUAAAAUCUCCCCAGACAAUUCGCAUUUUCGAUUGAACACUCGCCAAAAAAUUCACAACAGACUUGUAACAAGCUUGUCAACCGCUACAAAACAAAGUUGUUAAAAUACGAAGUCCUCAACUUGUAUAGCAAAUUACAGACUUGUUAUCUUUAUUCUAAAAAGAAAUGUUUUAAACAUUGUGUUCUAUUUUUAUCACAUUCAGGGCACAAUCAAACAUGAGGUGAGUGGACAAUGUCUCGAUCGUGGUGCUUCAAUGGAAUCUCAAAAUCCUGUAGUAAAUCCCUGUAAUGGAAGUCCUUCACAAGUUUGGGUUUUCUCAAGAUACAAAACUGAAUAAAACAAAUACAAAAUCUUAUUGUAGUGUAUUUAAAUUGAAUUUUUGUAGUAUUGGUAUAUAUACAUAGAAUAAAUACAUAAAAUAGUAAAGUCUUAUUGAUGUCCAAAUUGUAUGAAAUAUUUUUGAGGCCGUCCAACCUUAUUCUGUAAUUAAGUACAUCCAAUGCAAUUUUCUACUAAAAGUUCCCUCACACAUACAUGCACACACUCAGUGAGUCUCUCAACAGUGCAACUCAACAUUCAAUGAGUCACCACUCAUCCUCACUGAACAUGAGACUACACUCACCCUCCAAACAUUCAAUAACAACACACUAAAGCGUGCACGUAAAUCAGUACACAUGAAUAUAAAAACAUAUACAUAAUAAAGUGUUAUAAAAACUAAAUUCGUUUAAAACUUUUAUGGCGUUAUUUUCAUACUAAAUGCAAAAAAACGAACAUGCAUGUUGGUCCCGUUUACUCCCUAAAAUGAAUGAAAAAAGGUUUAUCAAUUAAAAGGUAUUUCAAUGUCGCAACUAAAUCAUUGCGCAGAAUUGGCAAGGUAAAGCAAUCAGCAUCCACUUUGGCAGCGUCCCUUUGGCAUGAGGCAAUGUUUCUAUCAUUGUGUUUGUCUCGCAUGACAAGAUGGCGUCGCGAACUCGUAAAGGCGCUUAGCCUCAUGUUGCAUAUUCAAUGUUGUAUUCUUGUCUUGCAAAAUUUCAAUGUGUUGGUCCUUCUCAUUAACCUCUUCGUUAUAAUUUAAAGAUGCCCUGACUACCCCCCCCACCCCUCCCCCUCGCCUAGCUAUAGCCUGCUUAACCUACAAAGGAUCGGGGGUACACUUCUUCCAUUAAUAUUUCCAAAAAAAAAUUUCUCAAAUUCGCUUUCCAAUUUUUCUUUCGAUUCUUUCAUUAAUCGUAUUUUUCUUUAACUAUUUAGCAUUCUGCAACUGCAAUCUUUAAUAAUAGAAAGGAAUUAGCCUUUCUCACGCCGCCAUUUGUGGGGUACUGUAAUAUUUUGUAAACGAUUAUAACAAUGUGAAAAGCGAUAUUUCAGAACCAAACUUUAGGAUAAAACUAACCACUCUGUUUACACUUGUUUCAAACUCAUGGAAUCACUGAACCUCUUAACAUACCUUUAUUGCAAUCUUUACAACGAGUGCAUUAUCUCUUCCCAAGUUUCUGAUGUUAUAUAGCUGUUAUACAAUAUUUAUGUAAAGUUUCGUUUGCACGACAUCUGAGUAUUUGACCAGGACGACAACCAUUACCCUCACCUUUUUUUCAAUUUUCUCCAAUUCAUUUUGAUAAUAGUUUUUUGUGGUGAUCUUCAACGCUGAAAAUAUAUUUUCAAAUUAAAGCUUUUGCCGGUCAUGAUAAUUGAGUCAAGUAUAAUAGAUUAUGCUGUUCUCCUUGAAGUCUGUCAAGUGCAAUCCCUCAUUUUUGUAGUUUUGCUAUCGCAGAAAACAAGGACACCAUGCUUCUAUACAACAAGCGAACUAAUUCUUAGUUCAUCUAUAUUUCAUCUUAAUAACCCUUACCUUGCCUCAAUCUCUUCCACUUCAUCUUGAUGUUCUUUCAAAUUCGAGAUUGCCAUUUUCCACUUUCUUGGUUAUAUCUCUCCGCCUGUUCUCUCAACAGACCAAUGAACGUGUCAUGGAAAAAUGUCCUAGCAAAAUUGCUCUGAAAUGGUUGAAGGGUUAUAAAGAACUAUAGCUACAUUAUUAUUAUUAGAACUAUACAGUAUUAUUACUAUAUUUCACUAAAUUAAAAGCUGAAAAACUGAAUGUACUGAAAUUGUUCAUUGACUAAGAGCUCUCGGCAAUCAAAUUCAAAUACAAGUGGUUAGUGCCAAAAAAUAUUUCUAGAACCGUUUCUGAACAUUAAUUUUUAAUUUGAAACGUUUUACCCAACGAUAAUUGGAUAAAGAAUUCAUUUCACGUUAAAUUUUUAAGCAUUCAAACUGUUUAUAUGCAGUAGACUCUGAAAUUGAUGUAUCCAUAGUAAAGUGUUAUUCCUUUUAUUUUUGCCAUUUAGAGCACAAAAAAUAUGAUUAAAUGUUCAUACUGAUACAAAGUUUUGGAGUUACAGAUGUUCUGUCAAAAAGGACGAGAGGCUGCUGCAUGCAUGUAUUUCUAGUCGAAAUUUGAUUUGCCGAAAUUUUGAUGAAGACGCUAAAUUUACGCAUUUCAUAUACGAAGCACACCGUCCGGAAUACGACCAAGUAGCUGGUAUUAAAAAUAAAAAGGCUUUGUUGGUUUUCAUGUGAUUUGAUGUGAACGUUUUGUGUCAAUACUUGUUGCGAGCAGGGGCCGCGGAACCGGGGAAGCAAUGAAGGCAUAUCUCCCCCUCCCCCCACUUUUAUAAGUGAAAAAAAUGCCAUUUUUCUGGGUUAAAGCCGGCCCCAUUUAAAGAACGAAAAAAGUAUUUUUUGAAUUGAAUUCUUUUGCUGGAAAGAAAGUGCAAUUUUUAAAUGUAAAGACUCAGUCUGUUGUAAAGGCCAUUUCCAACGUUAUAAGAGACUCCAUAUUUUAAAAAUUUUCGUUCGGCUUCUGAACGGCAUUAAAAUCGUUUGAUUUUUGUCAUAUACAAAAGUGUCCCUUUUGGCCAAUUUCGAAAUGCUUCCGCGGCCUCUUGGUUGUAACCUUAGUAAUUAUAUGUUUAAUGUGAAGUCUGUAUUAGUUUAUUUCAUCAGCAUCACUGUUGUAGCUCUUCUAGGUUUGUACGUACUGCAUGUAUUGAAAAGGUGCAUGUAUGCACCUCGUCCAUUUCAAUUCUUCUUUGUAUAUAACGUUAUUUGUGUUUGUCUUUAAAUUGCAUUCUUUUCCAAUGAAGUUUGCAAUACUACCCUGCCCAAGGGAACCUCAUACUAUCCUAGAAAAUUAAAGUAAUAUCUUUCAUACCAAGAACGAUAAAAUCUAGAAUUUUCUGCAGAAUAAUUCGUAAUUGGCAAAUUAAAACUUGCAUGUAUUAUAUUUAAAUACAAUAUGAUUCAAACCGUCAAAGGGACCAGACAACAGAUCAUUUAGUCGACGCAAAUCAUAUAUCACCAAUAGAGUUGAUUUUCGUGUAAGUAAGUUACAAAUGUAAAAGCAAAUAAAAUUCUAAUAGUUGUAUAAUUAUGAAGUUCACUUAUAAUAAACGUACGUGUUUGAAAAUACGUGCGUGUGUUUAUUAUCUUACCAUAGAGUCCAAAAUUACAGUACAUGUAGAAUGCACUAAAUGUCAAUUUUUAAAUAAGCUCGCCCCAUUCCACUGAGAUUUGUCGUGUUCCGCAAGGAAUAAUCAAAUGGGCCUCGCUUAUUUAAAAUUGAGAUUUAAAUGCAAAUUUUUAAAUACAAAGUUAGCCAAAGCAUGGUCUAUCGAAGGGUAGAUGGCUGUGAAACUCGUUAGAAUAACAAUAUAAUUCGUCUAUGCUAGUCAACGUUUAUUCAUAAAUCUGGUCCUUCACCGUCACGUGUGUAUUGUAUUGUAUUUUUGCAAAAUCCACCGAUAUACCAAUUUCCAGUCUACCCUAUUGUUCGAGUCACAGAUAGGUAACUUGCCUGAAACAACUAACUCUAAUGAGUUUCACAACUAUUUUCCCUUCGAUAAGCUGUGGUCAAAGUAGGAUGUGGUUAGAUUUAGAUAAGGGGGCAUUAAUUUCGUGGUAUCUUGUGUAGUACUGGAUGGAUUUCACUUUUCACCAUCGUGAUGGUGGUCAAUCGGCAGUUACCAGAGUGUAAUAUUGGUCUUUUUGAGCUCGAGAGAUGCGGUUUAAUUUUCAUGCUCCAUAAAUAAUUUUAAUAGUUUUGACAUUGACCAUCAUCAUGAUGUGUUGCUUACCAAAUAACCAAUCUCCAUAGUUUUCUAAAACAAUAAUUGAUUAGCCAGGAUAGCGAUAUAAAACAGUUUUGUUUUUGUGCACUUGUUUAUUUCCCCAUCGUUUCCCCAUUUAUUGUAUGGAGCCUAUGGAUUGUUGAUUUGCAGAAGGUUGAACUGGACGCGGUACCAAUGUAUUGGCAGCAACCUCGUACCCAGGGCUUCUGCGCUUAUUGCUCGAUCAGAAAACCUGGGAUAAUCCAACCCGGACACAAUCUCGUACUCAUGCUAUCGUUGGCUCUGGUUCGAGAUUUUUCCAGAAGCGGAAGUAAAUAUUUUAAACUCAGGGAGUGGGAAUAUACCCUGGGAAUCGGGUGGCAGAAUUUUUUCAAAACCCAUCCGCGUGCUAAGAUCCAUAGAAAGGCCUUGCGGACUAGGUCUUUCUAGUGAGAAUGCAUUAUUGGUUGCAAUUUUUCCAAUCUCGUGCAGUUUUUGGAAUUUGAAGUCCGGCUGCCAUGUUGCCACAAUAUCUUCUGGUAAAUGAAUAACUUUCCAUACUUUCAUAGUAUUCGCAUUGACCAAUCGAAUCACGUUAAUUUUGGCCCAAAGGCAGUUGGAUUAUCCCAGGUUCAAAAGCAGGCAUGACUGGAGGACGUCCUAACUUUGGCCUCUGUGGCGGCGGGCAUAAACGUACGGGGCGGGGCAGCUGCCCCCUGUCAAAAUAAAGUCGGUCAAAUUAUGAACGUAAUUCGGGCAAAAAUUGGUGGAAAUAACUGAGAAGACAUGCAAUAUAGUAUUUGAAAAUACCAGAAAUAUGUAAAAGUAUCGUGGAAUUUUGACAAAUUGGAAAUAUGUAUUUGUCGAUAACAAUUUUGGAAAGUUUACACAGAAAAUUGUUUUACAGUAAGUCCGGCACAACGGGGGAAAGUCAGGUAAAUUUUCGCCCCCCCCCCUUCUGAAUGUUUCCUCCAGUACACCUAUGGCGGCGGGUGCUGCCAAGAAAUGGUAAGCAUAUAGUAAAUUUCUUAUCAACCACUUCAUUUGCUUAGUCUGUACGAGAAAGUAUUUGCACAGACCUCGCUCGCUUCUUCGUAGCUGGGUGUGACGAAAACCGCCGAAACUGGCUUAGAUUUAUAGUUUGAACAGUUUCAUGAACAUGAACAGUUUCACCGUUUUGUUUUGAUGUGAACAAAGUUCUUUAAAACAAUGGCAAUGGUCAAUAAAAAAUGAGUAAUGAAAAAUAGGGUACGUAUGUGUACAUUUAUCUGCAGUAAGCAUUUUUUGGGGUAUUCCAAAAUUCCGGGUAUUGGUUGGUUGGGUUGAUUAAAAUAAUUUUUCUUCCGCUUCGGUCUCAACCCCUGGUAUAAAUAAUGACUAGUCCCUAUAGUUCCUGCGGAAGAUGCGGAUUGAAAAGUUAAUGUUAAGAGCUUACAAAUAUAAUAUCAAAUACUAUUUUUCAAGUUUGAGUUCAAAUUAUGUUCUUACUUUCCAGCAUAAUAGUUAAUACCAAAAUCCUGGUCAAACCUUGACACAUUACGCAUUUUCAGUGUUGAGUAUGACAUUCCCCACAAUAACUAUAUUUCUCCUCCCUUAGCCAAUACAAUGUUGUAGUAGUGCAACUGCCUUGCAAGUAGCUACUCAUUUAUUCCUCAUUUAUCCAUAAUUUAUUCCAUAAUAUCCUGGUUAAUAUUGGUUAAUAUUGAUUAAUAUCCAAUUUAGCACUCUUUCACCUCGGGAAACGUCAUAUAAAACGACUGAUUAGUAUAUAUUAUUUUGAGGCAACGAGGGAUAUGUGAUUUAUUCACCGAGGCGCACGGUGCCGAGGUGAAUAAACACAUAUCCCCGAGGUGCCUCAAAAUAACGUACUUAUUUUUCACAUUGCGCGGUCGCGUUAAUGAGUCAGAAUAGAAAUAAUUCUUAAUGCCAUAUUGCCUUCGUUAUGUUGUUUGUUCUCAUUUUUUUGUGCUGCAAAGACAUUACAGGUGAAUAUUAGAGGGGAUUAUUAAACGGAAAUUGAUUAGAGGGGAGUAUUGAAUAUAUUCCUCGAUAAAGCAGACUCGUCCCCGGUCGUUAUUUGAAUUUCAAUUUUAUAGGGACGAAUAGGUAUAUCCAUAUCUAUAAUCUAUAAUCUAAUAUAUAUAUAUAUAUAUAUAUAUAUAUAUAUAUAUAUAUAUAUAUAUAUAUAUAUAUAUAUAUAUAUAUAUAUAUAUAUAUAUAUAUAUAGCUUGUUUUGUUGUAGUAGAUAAUAAAGUGCUCAACACUUGUAUUAUAGUAGAGCAAGAUAUAUUUAUAUCUUAAAAUUAAUUAUUGCUACUCAAGUUUCACGCCUUAUUCAAUAGGGCGUGAACUUGGGAACUUGAGUAGCAAUAAUUAAUUUUAAGAGAUAUAUAUAUAUAUAUAUAUAUAUAUAUAUAUAUAUAUAUAUAGGGGUGUUGUGAUAUCGGCAGUAUUCAGUCUGUAACUUAUGACAACUUAUUCGAAAUUUCUUACUGCUUUUCUUUGAUUUGUGUUUCCUUUAGUUUUAAGGUAAUCCUCUAACUUAUAUUUGUACAAAAUCGACUUAAAUUGUUAAGUUUUUCUAACACUAAGUAAUGAUAAAUUAUUGAUAAUAUUUUUAAAAAUUUUUUUGUGCGUUUGUUCCUGCUUUUAUUUCAAAUACUUUUAGUAUAGUUAGCAUAAAUUUCAGAGGUAAUUUGUAUGCUCAGAAUGCAGGAAAUGGCAUUUCCGGGCUUCAAAUUUCAAAAACUGUUCUGGGGGAGUAUGUCCCCAGACCCCUAUUCAUGCGUGGUAUGUCGGCCACACACGUGACCUUUGGCCAUUGCUAUACCCCUCUAAUAUAUUAUCUCAUAGAAAGGUCCCUUUUCAAAAAAUCCCCCCCCCCCGGGAAAAUCCUUAGAAAAGGCCCUGCAGUUGUGAGAAUGAGUGUUAAAAAUUUUUAAAAUAUUCUCAUUUGCUCGCGUGAUCAAUUCAUUUGCUGAGUUAUUUGAAAAUGUGAUAACCUCCUGUAUAUCUCACCAUGGAUUGUAAAAUGACUUUACAAUCCAUGGUCUCACGUAUACAGUCACCUUUGGUUUUGGUGCAAUUAACCAACCGCAAAAAGACAGGAAGGGAUCAAAAUUAACGAUUAAAUUUAUGAAGUUGCAGAUAAUUGGUCAAAUAUCUCAAAUGAAUUGGUUCAAGUGAGCAAAUGAAUUGGUAGAAUAUUGGUAGAAUAUUUUCCAUUGCCACGAGUGUGGUUACAUGUGUUUUAUUCUAUGUUUGCAUUAUCAACUAGGCAUGUGAAUCCGAAAAUGUGAAUAGGAUAGCAACUAGACUUGCCCGACGUCUCUGUGUCGCCCCAGUAUUGCCGACACAGAGAGACUUGGAGCAAGUCUGCAAUCAAAACGUUGUGGACAAUCCACAGACAUUGGCUUCGAAUGGCGUUUCUCUAAAUAAAUAUCCCCCCCCCCUCCCUCAAGUCAAUGUUCCCUGUUUUUUUGCGUACAUAACCUGUCGUUCAUCAUACGAGUCGUAGUAAAUAAAUAAAGGAUAACCAUUUUGGACUACUGGUUCUCGAUCACUAUUUAGGCCACACAAUGUCUUACACCAGUACUUGUCCAAUUACCUAUUUCAUACCAAUGAGUGGAUGCAUUUUGACCUGGAUUGUAGGUAGCAACAGGCAUAAACAUGCGUUACCAAUGAGAUUGUCUGCAACCGAACUUAUAAUCAACCAAAUAAUUUUGCAAGUACAUUAAUUAAGGUGGCUCGAUAUAGUUAUCACAAAAACCCUGCUCAAGAGUCGCGAACUCAAAACCGGGUGACCAUUUUUACGCGCAGGUCGUGGAAACUGAUUAACAAAAUGAAAGAACUUCUAAAAUGACCUGACGUGAGCGGUUGCUCGCGCCAUAUCACGCCAUUGCGUUUUAUAUCAAUUGCUGACGUCAUUAGAAUUUUCCAUUUUAGAAAAACAAUGCGCUGUAUUUCUUUAUUUUGUCUGGUGACCUAUGUUCAAAUUUUGCAUGCUGCAUUGUACCGCUAAAAACUUUCAUUAUACAAAAAAUAAAAAAAUUCUGUAAUACCAAAAAAAUUUUACCGAAGAAUAUGACAUUUUCGCAUUUUCCAAAAAAAUGGCAUUACAGAAUUUUUUUAUAUUUUGCUAAUUGUUAGCUUUUCGUCCAAGUAAAAUAAUGCACGAAAAAUAAUUGGGGGUCACCAUGCUUCUUUUCUAACUAUACGUGACGAUAGGCCAUUUUGGAGUGAAUUUCGUACGCGUAUGUCGUCAUAGCAACGAACUAUCUGUUACUAAAACUUGUAUAAUUUGAAAGUUGAGAUAUCAAAAUAUAUAAAAAAACCAAUAUCUGCUGAAUAAAUCCUAAAAAUGCGUAGUUUGAACAUGUCAAAGUGUUGAACAUUUGAAUUUUUGAAAACUGUAUCGAGCCACCUUAAAAUAUUUACAAGGCAUAUGUUAAGGACAUCAAUGUCGAGGUUUCACUACGGCAGUUGCCAGUCUUCUUCUUUCUCUCAUUCCUGGCAGUUCUACCCAAAAAUCAUUUCCAAUGGUCAAACAUUCUACCGACUUAAGAUAUCCCUGCUCUUGAUUCCAUCCUCCCAUAACAUAAAUGACUUCAUCCAAAAUAACAGCUGAGGAACCGUACCUUCUGUAUAUCAUGGCCGGCAGCUUCUCAGUCUUUCCAGUCACAGUUUCAUACAUGAUGACGUCAUUUAAAACCUGGUCAUGUUUAUCUGCGCCACCAAUGACAAUCACCAUACUUCUCCAUGUAACUGUGGACAUUCCGCAGACAUGAUAGGGUAACGCUUCACAUCGCUUGCGUUCAUUCUUUGUAAAAUCAUAAGAAAUAACACUGUCCGUGGCAUCGUUACUUAAACCUGUCGGUGUUCCUCCCAACACAAAAAGUUUAUCAUUUACAAGUUCGGCUCUAUGGUUUCUUAUCGCCUGAGGCAUCUUAAACAAUCUCUUGACAGUAUGAGGAGGAAUAAGAGAGAUUUCGUGGAUGGCGUUCGAUGUUUUAUUGUCACUUGAGUUCAUUCCUCCAAUGGCAAGUAAUUUAUCUUGAUAAACUAUUAGGGAAUGACUAGAUAACUGCGAAGGCAGUUUACCUUGAAACACUGUCCAUCGUAAAGGAUACUGGUCCAUCUGUAAGAUCUCUAUAUUGUCAAUACAAACACAACCAUCAUAGCCACCAGCUACGACGACGGCAUUAUAGAAAACACACGAUGCUGUUUCGACUCUGGGGUGAUUCAUGGAUGGUAGCUGCACGGACUUCCCAUGUGCUAUGUUGUAUAUUUCCACUGUAUUUAAUAUUGUGUCUUUACCAGGGGCACUCCAACCACCCAUGAUAAUAAUUUCUGGGUCAUUAUUGGCUGAAUAACCUGAACCUUGGUUUUUAUUAUUAGCUCCUGGUAAUAACAGGUUUAACGUAUCAGUCAUUCUCUGAAACUGUUGUCUCAUCUCAGCUUUAAACGUCACUUCAUCGAAUUUCAUUUCUGCUUGGAUUUGUUUGAUCUCGUCAACAUUUUCCUGAAUUGUAAAUAAAUUAAAGUGACUAUGAAGUCUGUUUUCUACAUCAACUGUAUCGUACCGAAACAUAUUAGAAUUUAGAUUCUACAUAACGUGACAAUAAAAGUAGAAAGAGUGAGGCUUGAAUGGUGCAUAUUCAAAAACUACACUUUAUCUAUUGAGAAAAAAACAUAAUUGUUUGUAUAUGAAUGGUAGUAAGGCUAGUAUUAAAGGUUCCUCUUAUUAGCCCUCCUUGACUAUUAUAUACCAAGUGUCAAAAUUCAUGUUUUCUCGCAUCUCAUUGGACGAGAGCGUAUCGCGCGAAAGUCACGAAAUUCGUCUCCUGGUAACCGCUCUGGGUGGUGGACAUUACCUUUAAUCACCGGUGAAUAGUCGAGUUAUAAAGCAAAAAUUAUAGUUACCUUUAACUGCAUUACUUUGGCAUUUAUUUCAUCUUGUUUUCUUUCUACUUCUAAUAUCUGAACUUUUAUUCCGUUCAGUUCCUCGUUCAUUUGAUCCUGUCUUUCUUUAAUAUCACCUUGACCUUCUUUCACACGACUUAUUUCGAAUUUCAUUCUUUCUUGAUUUUUUUUUAUAUCUCUGCACUCGUGACAUUUGAGCUUGUCUUUGUCUCUUCUACUCAUCUCGACAAUUUCAAGUCCUUCACACUUGACUGGUGGAAAUUGAUCAGGGUUGAGGGUUCUUGGAGCCAGAUGUUCUUUGCAUGCUUGGUUGUCUUUAUCUUUUCUAUUGACCGUUAUUCCACAUCUCUCACACAUGACAGGUGCAAAUUCACAUUGAUCGGUAUGGUUUUGAAGAUUUUCAAGCCGGAUGUAGUCGGCACACCCUCGGCUGUUGUAAUCGCAGUUGAUUUUCAG